CCCUUAUUUAUAUCUAUUAUUGUUUUGAGAAAACGGCCGCUAAAUAGUCAGUCGGUGAGUUGGGUAAAAUUGUUGACGAUCCUGAAAGUUGCCGAAAUCCAUCUUCUCCGUCAUGUCGAAGAUUGUUCAUGAAUUAUACAGAUGUCGGCAAAUCUCCGGACGAACCCUGACAAAGCAGCAGGACCAUUAUUUCGCCGUGUCUUCGUGUCCUUGUUCAUGUAGACACAUAAUUCAUCGGUAGUUUAAAUUUCAAAUUUCGAUUGUGAAAAACGAAAUGAUGUGUAUUGAUUUUUGGUUCCUUCAUUAAUUUGUUAAAGAGAGGUGCAGGAAGGUCAAUGUCCAAGUAAACUAUUCCCUAUUUACGUUACUAUGAAUUUGCAGAGAACAAGUUGGGUUGGAAGAUGAAAAGUGUUGGGUGGGCGUUGGAGAAAAGGGCAAUUUGGUCACAGAGCUUUAAAUAGUUUUCAAGAUGCACAAGGAAGGGGAUCUCCUUUUUCCAGAGACGUAGAUGUGAUUCAUCAGUCAAAGGAAUGUUAGAGAUUGUUCAUUAUAUAUGAAAAGGGUCAUCAAUGCGGCCUUCUAUGCGCAGCUUGGAUGGAUGUAUGUGAACCAGAGCAAGCACAAGCAUCGCAACAGAAGCAGCAAUCAAGUGUUCGGACAAGAAGACGACCCUUGGUUCCAGCUGAUAAUAAGAAUGGAGCAAAUUCUCCUCGGUCCGGGAAACCAGAAAUUAUUUCUAGAUGUAGGUCACCUAUACCAUCUGCAGCCAUGGCUCCAAAGCGCUGCCCUUCACCUAAUCCCAGUAGGUUGUCGUCAACCUCAAGUUUAUCAGCACCAAAGAGGGCUAUGUCGAUCGAAAGAAAGCGUCCUUCAAGACCAUCGUCGCCGCUUUCUCCAUCAACACCAAUUGAGGAUACAGCUGCAGAGGUGUUGCUUGGAUCAAGGAAGAUGGUAGUAGGUAAUGGAUUACCGGAGUGUUUAUGGCCUUCAACGAUGCGGAGUCUAAGCGUUUCUUUUCAAUCUGAUUCCUAUUGUGUUCCUAUAACUAAGAAAGAAAAGCCAGUCUCUCAUGUCUCUUCUGAUCGCACUGCGAAGCUACCAUCAAAUGGUGCUCAUAGACAGGCUGGUAUCACAGCUUUACGGAAGUCCACCCCAGAAGGCAAGAAGAGCCCUCUGAAAGGAAAACACUCUUCUGGUCAAUUGGAGAAUUUUAAACCUGUUGAUAGUUUCCGUACUCGUGUAGUGGACCAACAUAGAUGGUCCAGUCGAACAAGUGAAGAGGUUUCAACUUCUCUGAACAGAAGUAUCCAGAUGGCUGACAGGAUAAGGAAUUCUUCAUCUAUAACCAGUUCAGAAAUGGGUGCACCUUCUCUGAGGAAGUUGUCUGUGAUUGGGACAAGCAAAUCCUUACAAAAAUCAACCAGUGAUUUGUUGAUGAAAAUUUCUCGUGAUGAAAAUGGAAAGGCUGUUCUUGGUGGAAGUUCAAUCGAUGAUGGUUCGCCAAGGAUGCUGAAGCGUGGCUUUUCUAGUUCAUCAGAUCGAACAAGACUGGCAAAUGCUGCAGCUAGAGCUAUGUCUUUGGCAACUUCUGGAUCACGCUCUGGAUCACCCUUGAUGGCAAGAGGGGUCAAUUCUUCUGGAGCGAAGGCUGUCAACUAUUCGUCCAGAGGAAUCAGUCCUGGUCCUGUAAGGCCAAGCAGCCCAUCUAGACAACCCCAGAAUUCUACUUCUGUUCUCAGUUUUAUUGCAGAUAUUAAAAAAGGAAAAAAAGUUGCAUAUCAUAUUGAAGAUGUUCAUCAACUGAGGCUUGUAUACAACAGGCACUUGCAAUGGAGAUAUGCAAAUGCACGCACUGAUGCUGUAGUGCAAUAUAGGAAAGUUAAAGCAGAGAAAGUGUUGUACAGCACUUUGAGGGUAAUUUCUGGUACAUGGGACGUGAUAAUGGAGAAAAGAAUUGAUAUCCAGCAACUGAAGCUGAAGUUGAAUCUUUACUCCAUUUUGAAUAAUCAGUUAACUUACCUUGACAAGUGGGCUUCAGUUGAAGUAGAUCAUCUCAACUCGCUGACCACUACCAUCCAAUAUCUGCAGUCAAGCACGACCCUCAUUCCACUUACUUACAGGGCCAGUGGUGAUAUUGAAGCUGUAAAGGCGGCCUUAUGCUCAGCAGUUGAUGCGAUGCAGGCAGUUGGAUCCUCACUAUGUUCAAUAAUUUUGAGGGUUGAGGGAACAAACAGCUUGGCGUCCGAACUCGCUGAUGUAGCAGUGAAGGAAAGAGCUAUGGUGAGAAGAUGUGAAUCAAUUUUAAGUAGUACAGCUGCACUGCAGGUGGAAGAUUACAGCCGCAGGGCUCAUCUAUUGCAGAUGAACCGAGCUUCGAGAAAAUGAGGAACAAUGAAUGAUCCUUGUAAUAACACUACACUACACUGAGAUAACUUGACAAAACAAGAUGCUAACAUCUUUGAAUAGGAGUUCUGAAUGAUCCCGCCCUGCCCUGAUCCGUACAGCAAUUUUAUC